CAUCCCUGCCGUGUUGGACGUAAACAUGAUUCAUGAUCCCAAAAUAGCAACAAGCGGAGGCGAAGUACAAAGAUUGUGUGUGUUGGCAAGUUAAGUUAUCGGUGAAGAUUUUCGCUUAUGUUUCAAGGUGUGUGUCACAUUUCAGAAGUAAUCCUGGCAUAAUCACAAGCAGGCAUCAGUCAUUCUACAUCUAGUUUUCUUGAAGUUGAAAUUGAAGUUGAAGCAACACGCCUUACGACGGUCACACACUGCAACGCAAGAUGUCGGUGGAGAUUGAGAAUCUUACAGGGAGAACCCUGUCGGCAUCAGAAGAUCUUGAUCUUCUCUUCAAUGAGAAUGAUGGCAUCCUCUCAUCAGGUGUCACAUUCCACAAUACAGACGAACCUUUGCUCUACGACAAAAAUUUCCCAGCCGUGACCGAUGACAUCUUCUCCAAUCUUCUCAACGAGGAUUUUGACCUGACGUCCAUCUCCCAGACCUCCUACGACAAUCCUGUCGCCUCCCCAGAACAAAGCGACAGUGGUAUCUCUGACGGCAUCAACUCCCCACAGUAUCAGAGCGAUAGCCAAUCGGGCGACAGCCCAUCGCGAAUCGACGAAUUGGAAGAGGUGAUAAUGGACUGUGCGGAUAUGUCCAGUUAUCUGAUUGGCUCAGAUGAGAUGCUCAUGGAACAGACGACCAUUGAUAAGUCGGAUUUAAUCGAGUCAGCUGGAUUUGAUUGGGAUCUUGAGCUGACAUCAGACGAGUCUAAGAGCUCUACUCUACCCAUGACAGUACAAGAUGUCAAAACGAUGAGCGCCACAACAACGACCAGAAUCAUCUCAACGACAGACUCGAGUUAUCCCAAACUAAGGCUAACGGAUGAGGAGAAGAGGCUACUGGGAGAAAUGAACAUCACUCUACCCACCGAUAUGCCUCUGACUAAGGAAGAGGAGAGAUCUCUCAAGACAGUCCGACGCAAGAUUCGCAAUAAGAUCUCAGCCAUGGAUAGUCGGAAACGCAAGAAGGUCUAUGUGGACGGGCUGGAGCAACGCGUCCAGCUCUGCACUAAACAGAACCAUGAGAUGCAGAAGAAGAUGGCCAAAAUAGAGAACGAGAACAAGUCUCUGAUGGAGCAGUUGAGGAAACUACAAUCCCUAGUCAGCAAGACGACGACCAAAGCAGCGCAUGCCAGCACCUGCGUUAUGGUGCUGCUGUUAUCGUUUGCUCUGUUGAUCGCUCCAAGCUUCAACCCAUUCAACGGAUCCAAAGACGCCCAGAUGCCUGCAGGAUACCAGCCAACUGGUGUGAAAUCAAGAACGUUGAAGCACACCGACAUGCCAACUGAAGGACCUUACAGCGUGAGCACAGAGCCUAGUAUCAUGGAGGAGAAACAACUGGAUGAAGACCAACCAAUCGCAUUGGGCCGCUUUGCCAAGCCGUCCUAUCAGAUGCCAGAAGAGGUCCAGCCAGCCAAUCAGGAAGCAGGAAAAGAUUUGAAUGUCGAGGCAGAUGCUGAGUCAGCCAAUGAGGCAGUACCCUCCAAAAUUUCUCAGGAUGUUGCCCCAGCUGACAAGCCAGCUGUCGUUCCAGAGGUGAAAGGCAGCACCGUCAACCAGUCAAGCACGGAUACCAGCCACAACCCAAAAUUUCAACAACAACGAGCGAAAAAAACUGUCACGCAUGGAGACGAAAUGUAAAUAUUUGACACUCAAUUUUCUUGAACCAAUUUUUUUUAUGAACCGUUGAAGUUGCAAUCUUUCUGAGUUGAUUUAUUUUCAUUGAUGUCAUUAGAGGCAGGUACAGUAUUUGAGACAAAUUUUAUUUCUGAAACUGAUCAUAAUUUCAUCAAAAUUUUACUCACCAAUAUUCAUAUUGAAAACGAAAAUAUUCAUAUUGGUAUGAGCAAAGCAGUAGUGAAUGUACAAUUUUGGCCUCAGUGUGUCUCUGUACACAUACAGUAAGAGAACACGACCGUUGGAACAUGUUGAACAUUAGGAUAUGCAAAUGCUUGUUACUUGGAAUAUAUGAAGAGUUUAUUUCCAAUACGCGAUACAUCCAUUUAAAAAAAAAGUGAAAAAGUUGCAUGGUGAUGAAAAAAAAAUGCUCGGUCUCUGGUCAGCGCGCGCGUCG